AUGUCGAAGUGUUCGAAGGCUUGACAGAAUGCAAUUCAACACAGGUCAGGCUGGGCACCAUCCAAGUCGACUAUGUGGACACGAAAACCAUGGUCGCCGACAUCUUCACCAAGGCACUUGGACCCUUGGUGUUCAAGGUACAUCGUGAUAACCUGGGUCUUCGAGGCUAA